GAAGAGACACUGAAACGGAUCCAGAGUCACAAAGACGUUGUAGGUACCAUUGUGGUCAACAAUGAAGGUAUUCCGGUGAAGUCUACUCUGGACAACACAACGACCGUGCAAUAUGCUGGCCUGAUGAGUCAGCUGGCUGACAAGGCUCGGAGCGUUGUGAGAGAUUUGGACCCGUCCAACGACAUGACAUUCCUGCGGGUGCGCUCGAAGAAGCACGAAAUCAUGGUGGCUCCCGACAAGGACUUUAUACUCAUAGUCAUUCAAAAUCCAACAGAUUAGGCUGCUAACGCCCGAGAAUUAAAAGCUGAAAUUAACUAAUGAA